AUGCGUAUUGAGACGUGCUAUUUCUGUUCGCAGCCCUGCUACCCCAGCAAGGGCAUCACCUUUGUCCGCAACGAUGCCAGAGUCUUCCGAUUCUGCCGCAGCAAAUGCCACAAGAAUUUCAAGAUGAAGCGUAAUCCUCGCAAGCUCAAGUGGACCAAGGCAUUCCGCAAGUCGGCAGGCAAGGAAAUGGUCGUCGACAGCACGCUCACUUUCGCCGCACGUCGCAACGUGCCCGUUCGCUACAACCGUGACUUGGUGGCUAAGACGCUCAAGGCGAUGGAGAGAGUCAGCGAGAUCAGACAGAAGCGCGAGCGGGUGUUCUACAAGAAGAGGAUGGCGGGUAACAAGGAGAGGGAGAAGGAGGCGAACAGGAAGCUGGUUGCGGAGAACGAGCACUUGCUGCCGAAGAUGAGGGCUAGCGAGAGGGCUGCGCUCGAGGCAGAGAACAAGGAGGUGGAGGAGGUACCGCUGGAGAGGCACCAGACGAAGGUGUUUGGCAAGAUGAAGCAGAGAAGGAAGGUGUUGGUUGAUGGUGGGGUCGAGGAUGAGAUGGAUGUGGAUUGA